AUGUCCACGGAAGGGCCUUCCUACCUGUCUGCGCAGGUGCAGCCGAGUGAGCUGGGGCUAACGAUUCAGUCUGAGGAUGCUGGAUCGGGAGGAGAGUUCGGCUCGUCCGCCGGGCUCUGCAUCGCCCUGUGCCUGGGGGGCACCGUGGCCCAGAAUCAUGGCGUACAAGGUACCACUGAGGACUGCAACAGCCAUAUGCUAUGCCCAGCAAACGCCAAGUGUGUGAACAACACCCACUGCGCCUGCCUGGAUGGAUAUGGGCCAAAAGAGAAUCACACUGUCUUCUUCACCGACCCAACGGAGAUCUGUGACGAUAUUAACGAGUGUCUGGGGCCGAGCAAACCAGACUGCGGACCCCACGCAAACUGCGCCAACGUGGCUGGGAGUUACUACUGCACCUGCACUGAUGGCUACGAGCCCAGCUCUGAGAAAGCCAACUUCACGCACGCGAGUGAGAACACCUGCCAGGAUAUUGACGAGUGUCAGGGCCACGCAAACUGCACCAAAGUGGCUGGGAAUUACUCCUGCAGCUGCCUCCAUGGCUAUGAGCUUAGCUCUGGGAAAGCCAACUUCAUGCACACAAAUGGGGACACCUGCCAGGACAUUGAUGAGUGCCAGCAAAACACCACAAUCUGUGAGCCCCACGGGAACUGCAUCAACAUGCCAGGGAGUUACAUGUGUAAAUGCAGUUGGGGAUUUGGGAAGAGUCAAAAGGAUCCAUCUAAGAUCUGCACAGACAUCGACGAGUGCCGCAAGACCCGAGAUAUCUGCAGCCCCAACGCCACGUGUGUCAACACCUACGGAAGCUACUGGUGUAAGUGCCGGGCCGGCUACGUCCCCUCCAACGGGAACACGACCCUGUGCCAAGACAUGGACGAGUGCCGCAAGACCCCAGGUAUCUGCAGCCCCAACGCCACGUGUAUCAACACCUACGGAAGCUACUGGUGUAAGUGCCGGGCCGGCUACGUCCCCUCCAACGGGAACACGACCCUGUGCCAAGACAUCGACGAGUGCCGCAAGACCCCAGAUAUCUGCGGCCCCAACGCCACGUGUAUCAACACCUACGGAAGCUACUGGUGUAAGUGCCGGGCCGGCUACGUCCCCUCCAAAGGGAACACGACACUGUGCCAAGACAUCGACGAGUGCAAGAAGACCCCAGAUAUCUGCGGCCCCAAUGCCACGUGCACCAACACCAAUGGGAGCUACCAGUGUGAGUGCCGGGCCGGCUACAUCCGCUUCAAUGGGAGCACCACCCUGUGCAAAGAGCUCACCUGCCCCCGGCUGCUGGAUGAUGACAACUCUGCCGGAGCCAAGAACCUCCAGGGCAGCUUCCAGGCCCAGGUGGGACGUCUCUGCAAGGCGGCGCUGGAGGAGCUGAAGCAGAUGAACUCUCAGAACGCCGAGGGGAAGCUGCAGGGCUUCUUGGACAUUCUGGAGAAGCAGAUAAAUCUGGUCGGGCAGCAGAGCGAGAGUGUGGAGCGGAGACACCGGAUCGCGACGGAGCUGAUGGCCAUAGUGGAGAAGCUGCUGAGAACGCUGACCAUGACCCUGCCUGACAGCAUGAUCAGCAUCGCAUCCACCAACGGCACAGAGCUGGGGCUGGCGGUCAGGCAGGCUGGGAACCAGAGCCAGGAGACCGUGACGCUGCAGCAGAGCAAGACGCAGAUGGAAUUAAAGUCGGCCGGAGCCCCAGGGCAGAAAGAAGGCUUCACGCUGGCCGGGCUGCUGACAUACCAGGGGAUGAGCCCCAUCCUGGACGGUGCUGGGCGGGUAGAGAUGCCCAAGUGGGACAAGAUCGGCCAGACGGGGAAGUGGGCGCAGAAGCCAGGGCGGCCCAGCUACCGUGUGCUGUCUCCAGUGGUGUCGGCCUUCAUCAGUGACCCGAACCCCCAGGCACUCGGCCUCUCUGUCAGCAUCCGCUUCAGCCACCCGGUGCCGGAGUCCAAGACUAACCUGUGCCUCCUCUGCGCCUACUGGGAGCCUGGCAGCAGGCGCUGGGCCACCCACGGCUGCACCCUGCAGAAGUUGAACGCCACCAUCACCCGCUGCCAGUGCAACCACCUGACCAGCUUCGCCGUGCUCAUGGCCUUCUACGAGCUGGAGGACUGGACCCUGGACGUCAUCACCAAGGUGGGGCUGGUGAUCUCGCUGCUGUGCCUGCUGCUGUCCAUCGUCACCUUCCUCUUCUGCCGCGCCCUCAAGGGCCCCCGCACCACCAUCCACCUGCACCUCUGCCUGGCACUCUUCAUCGCCUACACUGUCUUCCUCACCGGCACCUCCAGCACCGGCAACAGGGUGGUGUGCGGCGUGGUGGCCGGGCUCCUGCACUAUUUCUUCCUGGCCGCCUUCUGCUGGAUGUGCCUGGAGGGCGCCGAGCUCUACCUGCUGGUGGUUCAGGUCUUCACCCCCCACGGCCUCAGGCGCCGCUACAUGUUCCUGCUGGGCUACGGCGUGCCGGCCCUCAUCGUGGGCGUCUCGGCCGCCACCUACAGCGAGGGCUACGGCACGGCGCGCUAG